UGCCAUUCCAUUUCAAUUAAAAAUGUUAAUUGAGAGGUAGAAUAACAAACACGCAAAAAGGGAAACUAUAUUAAAUUCCUUCACUACAUUCCAAACAGUGAUGGCUCGGAACAAAAGAUACAAGAGAAAUAUAAAAUAGAUAGAGAACGAACUGAAAUAAAUAUAUGCUUCAAUGAACAUUAAGCGACAUAACAGUAGUUCGCUAGAAAUGAGAAUAUGUCGAGAUAAUGGCAAGUCCAUCGCCUCAGAGUAGCCCUAUGGCUCCUCCCCAAGCGCCCAGUCCGAUGGGACCGCCUACACAAAGUCCAGCACCACCUCAUUCUCCCCAUAGCCCCUUUCAGAAUCCAUCCCCAAUGGGAGGCCACAUGAAUGGUCCUCCACAUUCAGCCCCUAAUCCAAGUUCAAACCAUAUGCCCCAACCUCAUACAUCUCAUCAAGGUCACAGCAAUCCCCCACAAUCUUUGCCUGGUCAUCCACCACCAAAUUCGGGUCCACAGUCCCACAUGCCUCAAGGGCAUCCUCCUGGGCCGCAUAACCAUCAAGGUCAAGGUCCACAUGGUCAUCACAUGCAGGGACCGUUACCACCAAAUGUAAACCCAAAUCAUGGUAUGGGACCUCACCCCAUUCACGGUAGUUCUCAACCGCCAUUGGCCGGACACCCGGGAGGACCUCAGAAUCCACCAAUGCAUUCACAGAAUAUCCCUGGCCAACCGUAUCCUGGACACCCACAUGCUCCCCACCCACAACAGUCUCAGAACAUUCCACCGCCAUCUAAUGUUCAGCCAAACUCUUCAUCUAAUAAUCAUGGUGGCCCUCCACCUCAGGGGCAAGAGAAUUUGAAUGCACUUCAGAGAGCCAUUGAUUCGAUGGAAGAGAAAGGAUUGCAAGAGGAUCCCAGAUAUUCUCAGCUUUUAGCUAUUAGAGCUCGUAGUAAUGGAAGCAGCUCCAUUUUCAGUCAGUUGCAAAUGACACAGUUAAGAGCUCAGAUAAUGGCUUAUCGUUUGUUUGCAAGAAAUCAAUCGAUAAGUCCCCAAAUGGCUUUAGCUGUGCAGGGAAAGAGGCCUGAUGGAACACCUCAAUGUCCUACACCUCCAUCAAGCCCCUUUCAACCGACUGGUCCUGGACAGCCACAUAAUGCUGGACAACCUGAAACAAAUGAGACCCCAGAAUCUGGGGCUCCUCCACCCAUUAAUAGGCCUUCAACAUCAAUGGGAAACCAGUCUAAUCCAUCUCCAGGUCCUCAAGGUCCCCCAGGACCUGUAAUGCCUCAGCCUAAUUUAGGAGGAAAACCACCUCAGCCAGGCAAUGUUCAAGCUGGACAGGCUCAUGUUCCAGGAAUGCGUCCCAAUUUACCUACACAACCACCUCACCAACAGAUGCCCACUAAGCAGAACCGCAUUACAUCUAUUCCUAAACCAGCAGGUUUGGAUCCUCUGAUUAUCCUUCAAGAACGAGAAAAUAGGGUUGCUGCAAGAAUUGCUGCACGCAUUGAACAACUCAACAAUCUGCCUACAAACAUGUCCGAGGAAUUGAGAGUUCAAGCUCAGAUAGAACUGAGAGCUUUAAGGUGUUUGAAUUUUCAGAGGCAACUCAGAAGUGAAAUUAUAGCUUGCACACGUAGAGAUACAACCUUGGAGACAGCGGUAAAUGUUAAAGCUUACAAACGCACCAAACGGCAGGGUCUUCGUGAAGCUAGAGCUACUGAAAAACUGGAGAAACAACAGAAAUUAGAAGCCGAACGUAAGAGAAGACAGAAACACCAAGAAUUCCUAACAUCUGUGUUACAACAUGGCAAAGAUUUCAAAGAAUUCCACAGAAACAAUCAAGCUAAAUUAACUAGAUUGAACAAGGCAGUUAUGAAUUAUCAUGCUAAUGCAGAAAGAGAGCAGAAGAAAGAACAAGAGCGUAUUGAAAAAGAGCGUAUGCGCAGACUUAUGGCUGAGGAUGAAGAAGGUUAUAGGAAACUUAUCGAUCAGAAAAAAGAUAAACGUUUGGCAUUCCUACUUUCACAGACAGAUGAAUAUAUCAGUAACUUGACUGAAAUGGUGAAGCAGCACAAAUUGGAACAAAAAAGGAAACAACAAGAAGAAGAAAAGAGGAAAAAGAAGAAGAAAAAAUCAUUGAAGAAAGAAGGUUUGGAUAUUGAUGAUGAUGGAUCUCAAGAUUCCCAGAAACCAGUAACUGUUGUUGAAACAAUCACGGGAAAGAGACUAUCAGGAGAGGAUGCACCAACUUUGGGUCAAUUAAAUGAAUGGCUCCAGCAACAUCCAGGUUGGGAAGUUGUGGAAUCUGAUGAUGACUCAGAUGAUGAUGAUGACAGGGAUGGAAAAGGCAAGAGAGGCGACUCGCCUGAUGGAAAGGCUAAAGAAGUUAUAAAGAAAGCUAAAGUUGAGGAUGAUGAAUAUCAUAAAAAUGCUAAUGAAGAGCAAACUUAUUACAGUAUCGCCCAUACAGUACACGAAAUAGUUACUGAGCAAGCCUCUAUAUUAGUUAAUGGCAAACUGAAGGAGUACCAAAUUAAAGGUCUGGAAUGGCUAGUUUCCUUGUACAACAACAAUCUUAAUGGAAUCUUAGCUGAUGAGAUGGGUCUGGGUAAGACUAUUCAAACUAUUGCCCUAAUUACUUAUUUGAUGGAGAAGAAAAAAGUGAAUGGACCUUUUCUCACCAUUGUUCCAUUAUCAACACUGUCUAAUUGGGUUCUGGAGUUCGAAAAAUGGGCUCCUUCAGUGGUGGUAGUAUCUUACAAAGGAUCUCCUGCUGGCAGGAGAACAAUCCAGAGCCAAAUGCGUUCAACAAAAUUCAAUGUCCUACUGACAACUUAUGAAUAUGUAAUAAAAGAUAAGGGAGUUUUGGCUAAGCUUCCAUGGAAAUAUAUGAUAAUUGAUGAAGGUCACAGAAUGAAGAACCAUCACUGUAAACUAACCCAAGUUUUGAACACACAUUACUUGGCUCCACAUCGAUUACUUCUCACCGGUACCCCAUUACAAAAUAAAUUACCAGAAUUAUGGGCUUUGCUGAAUUUCUUGUUACCUUCAAUUUUCAAGAGCUGCUCAACAUUUGAACAAUGGUUCAAUGCUCCCUUUGCAACUACCGGUGAAAAAGUAGAGCUGAAUGAAGAAGAAACUAUUUUGAUUAUUCGACGUCUACACAAAGUUCUUAGACCAUUUUUACUGAGAAGAUUGAAGAAAGAGGUUGAAUCUCAAUUGCCAGAUAAAGUGGAAUACAUCAUCAAAUGUGAUAUGUCUGGAUUGCAAAAGGUACUUUACCAGCAUAUGCAGAGUAAAGGUGUUCUUCUGACUGAUGGCUCAGAAAGAGGAAAUAAGGGUAGAGGAGGAGCGAAGGCACUGAUGAACACUAUUGUUCAAUUAAGAAAACUUUGUAAUCAUCCGUUUAUGUUCCCUCAUAUUGAAGAGAAAUACUGUGACCACGUUGGAAUAGCAGGUGGCAUGAUUUCUGGCCCAGACAUUUAUCGUUCUUCUGGAAAGUUUGAACUGCUCGAUAGGAUAUUACCAAAAUUAAAAGCAACAGGGCAUAGAGUAUUACUUUUCUGUCAAAUGACCCAGUUGAUGAGUAUAAUGGAAGACUAUUUGAAUUGGAGAGGUUUCGGGUAUUUGAGAUUAGAUGGUACUACCAAAGCAGAAGACAGAGGAGAUCUCUUAAAGAAAUUCAAUGCUAAAAAUAGUGAUUAUUUCCUGUUUUUAUUAUCCACAAGAGCUGGUGGCUUGGGAUUGAAUUUACAAAGUGCAGAUACAGUGGUCAUAUUUGACUCUGAUUGGAAUCCUCAUCAGGAUUUACAAGCGCAAGAUCGUGCUCAUCGUAUUGGCCAACAAAAUGAAGUAAGAGUUUUGAGGUUGAUGACAGUUAAUUCUGUUGAAGAGAGAAUUUUGGCUGCAGCUAGAUAUAAAUUGAACAUGGAUGAAAAAGUUAUUCAAGCUGGUAUGUUCGAUCAAAAAUCAACUGGAUCAGAACGGCAACAAUUUUUGCAGAGUAUUUUGCAUCAGGAUGGAGAUGAUGAAGAGGAGGAAAAUGAAGUUCCAGACGAUGAAGCAGUCAAUCAAAUGGUAGCUAGAUCAGAAAACGAAUUCGAACUUUUCCAAAAAAUGGAUCUGGAACGAAGAAGAGAGGAAGCAAAGUUGGGAUCUAAUCGUAAACCUAGACUACUAGAAGUGAACGAACUUCCUGAUUGGUUAGUUAAAGAAGAAGAUGAAGUAGAUCCAUGGAAUUAUGAAGAUACUGAGAGUCUUUUGGGAAGAGGAAGUAGGCAAAGGAAAGAAGUGGAUUACACUGAUAGUUUAACAGAGAAAGAGUGGUUGAAGGCGAUUGAUGAAGGUGGAGAUUAUGAUGAUGAAGAAGAAGAGGAAGAAAAAGCAAAGAAAAAGAGAGGCAGGAAGCGAAAGAAGAAAGAUGAUUCCGAUGUAGAAGUAGGAACAAGCUCAAAAAAACGAAGUAAAUUAUCCAUUGCAGAUAUGAAAUUGAAAAAGCAAAUGAAAAAACUCAUGAAUAUUGUAACAAAAUAUACAGAUAGCGAUGGAAGACUACUUAGUGAGCCAUUUAUGAAAUUGCCACCAAAAAAGGACUAUCCUGAUUACUAUGAGGUUAUCAAGAAGCCAUUAGACAUCAAUAAGAUACUGAAUCGAAUUGACGAUGGAAAGUAUUCAGAUAUGGCGGAUUUGGAAAGAGAUUUCAUGCUUCUUUGUCAAAAUGCACAAAUUUAUAAUGAGGAAGCUUCCUUGAUACACGAAGAUAGUAUUGUGCUACAGUCGGUAUUUACGAAUGCCAAGCAGAGACUUGAAACAGAUGCAGAAUCUGACAAUGAUGAUGAUAAGGAAAGUACUAAGUCUGACAAUGAAUCAACUGUGAAAAUGAAAUUGAAACUAAAGAAAGAAAAGAAAACGCCAGGAAGAAAGAAGAAAAAUACUAGGAAAUAUAUAUCAGAUGAUGAUGAUGAAGACGAUGAUUGAAUUUGUAUUUUAAAUAAUUACUUAGAAUUGUAAAAUUUAGAUUAUCGUAGAUAAGGUUUGUGUAUAUGAGUGAAAUAAUGGAAAUACAUUUUAAUUCAGUGAGGAAUUGAAAUUUCGCCCAAAAAACACUUCCUUCAGUGAAAAAUAUUAUUCUUCAUGAUUAUUAUCUAUUUAUUUUCAUCUGAAAUCUCGCAUCCUAAUUUUUGCAAAAUAUAACAUAAGUGAAUAUGUAUUAGGUGCCCCCAGAAUAUUAUGUACUAUUUCUGCUCAGACAGUAGAAAUAAAGCCUUAUAUUAGCUUUCAAUGUCUUCCUUGAAACAUUUUCAUGUUAUUUGUUAUAUUGCUUCUUAGGUUUUAAGAUGUGGUAAUAUAAAUAGAAAAUCUUGUUUCUCUUUA